UGAUAGAGCCCAACCAGAGCUUCGUAGCCGUCUUUAAGAUCAAAGGUGUUUCCUUUGAAGAAGGAGCGAAAAGCUCAGAAUGGAGUAUAUGUGAAUGCCGAGGAAAUUGCACAGGAUGGCGCGGUUGGCGUGCCUGUACGCGAGGGGGAUACAAUCUGCCUGGGUUGUCCAAUUCCGGAGAAGGUAUCGAGAACAUAUGCCGUUUUCAGGUUAAAGAAAGGAGCGGACGAUUCGGACCAAAUUGUAAUAUUAAACGAUUCAGAUGACUCAGCUCCUUUGCCGCCUCUAAAGCCUGCUGCUGAAAUCGAAGUGGAAUCUGUCGCAAGCGAUAAUGCUGCCCCAAAUUCUGCUAGCAAAGAGACGGACAAGGGGAGUCAAACUGCAUCCAGUUCACAUCCGAUGCUUCACUUGCCGAAGUUACCACACGUUAAACCAGAGUUGGUAAAGACGGCACGAGAUAUUACAAACAUCUUUGGAGAGGCAGAUGAUACCAUUAUUGACAGUGUUCUGGAGAUAAAUCCGUAUUUGUACAAUCAUUUGUCCAAAGAUAAGCAAGCAGUUCCAAUCUCAAAGCUACACGAUGGUCAAGUCAUUGAGCUGGCUGAGAAGGAGGAUAGCCCGGAUGGUCUGCCCUGUCCUAAGCAGCCCGACCACGCGGGCAGCAUCAGCAUGCCUCCGCCUUUUUCGCCUGCCCCGUCUUGGGAGAAAUUCUUUGAGGAGUACGAUGAGGAAAAGAUCAUGUCGGUUCUGCAAGAGAUGAAGGAGGAGUUGGGCGAGGAAAACUUUUUUGAUACAAAUAACAAUGGAAGCCGCUCCCACGGCUCACCCUUGUCUUCCAUUAAUGACGACGACAUCAUUGUGAUCACCGACAGCGAUGAUGAUGACCUAUGCAGAAAGGUGACCGACUGGUCAGCCAGAAAGCAAACGACGUCUUGUCACAGGCGUAUCCUAUGGCCGAUUCUGACGCGGAGGAUGAUUUUCAAUCUCAAAUGAAAUUCCGAAACCUACCGAAAACGCUUCGCAUGGUC